AUGCAAGCACAGAACGACGAAUACGACGUGCUGAUCGUCGGCGCAGGAUGGUACGGUCUCAUUGCCGCUUAUACGUACCUGAAACUGGCACCCGAGACAAAACUGCUUAUCCUUGACGAUGGCGAUACUCUCGGAGGCGUCUGGAAUUCAGAACGGAUCUAUCCAAAUCUCUUCGCCCAGGUCGGCCACGGGCUUUUCGAGUACAGCUUCUACCCUAUGAAAAAAGAGGGCCUCACGAAAGACCGGUACAUAUCCGCCAAGACGAUCCACGAUUAUCUCCAGUCAUUUGCCAAGGAUUAUGAUCUCGUCCGGCGCAUUCGAUGUCGCACCAAGGUCACCAGCGCCCGGAGGUUUGGGUCAAAGUGGAUUCUGACGCUGAAUGAUGACGAGGCCUGCCAAGUCACCGGGUCGAAGCUCAUCGCAGCGACUGGGGUGACUAGUGGACCUCACGUGCCGGAUUUCCCGAGAGACGGCUUCGUGAAGCCCAUCAUUCAUUCAGGAGAGAUUGGAUCUCAUAUUGAGACCCUACUGGGGCCCGAGGUCCAGCGGGCCACUGUCCUCGGCGCGGCCAAGUCCGCUUAUGACACUGUUUUCUUUUUGCUAAAAGCUGGAAAGAAGGUCGACUGGAUUAUUCGCGAUGACGGCUCAGGGCCCUUGGCGAUCAUGCCGCCCAGGCUAGGUGGUCUUCUAAACACAGUCGACGUGAUGGGUACCCGGGCUCUUGCAUCCUUCAGUCCCGCUAUUCUGAACACGUCAGGGAUAUGGUAUCAGCUUCUGCAGAAAACAGCGGUUGGGAACUAUCUGACCAAGGUUUUCUGGAGGUCUGUCUCAUGGAUGGCAGAGCAGCAUGCUGGGUAUUCUAAAAAUCCCAAUACCGAAAAGCUUCAACCAAUUCCGCGUGGAUAUGGCGUCUUCUGGGCCAACGCCGGUCUCGGCCUAGCAUCAGCGCCAGACUACUGGAAGGUCAUCCAUGCCGGCGACCUCACCGUGCACCGGACGGAGAUCACGGGCUUUUCGGACGGCAACAAAGUCCAUUUGAAGAACGGGGAAACCCUAGAAACGGACCACGUAACUCUCUGCACUGGCUGGACGGAUAACCUCGGCAUGUUCGACGAAGCUACCCGUGCGGAAUACGGGCUUCCGUCACAGGCAGACUGGUCGGAGGAGUGGGCCAAGCUGGACGCCGCUGCAGACGAGGUUGUCCUGGAGAAGCUUCCUUUCCUGAGGCGGAAUUCUCCGAACACAAGAGCGUCUUCGUCUCACAUGAGGCCUUGGCGUCUUUACCGUCGACUCGUCUCGCCCAGGAUGGCGGCCAAGGGGGAUCGCUCCGCCUUCUUCCCCGGCCAGAUUCACAGUGUUUAUACCCCGCUGGUGGCGGAGAUGCAGGCUCUCUGGGGCGUAGCGUACCUCCUCGGGAGGCUUGAUCUUCCGACUGAAGUGGAAAUGAAGAAGGAAUACGUUGACACUUUGGCCCGCGAUAUGGGCCUCAAUACGAGCCGGAAGUCCAACAUGUUUAGUGAGAUGUUUCUUCCAUACCGGCCUCGCGACUGGCGAGGGCUUAUCUCCGAGUUUCUUCAAGCAGAGAAGAUGCGCCGGGGCAGAGAGAAGGGCUUGGAAGGCAAAUCUGGUGAUGACUCGGACACGACGUGAGCUGGGCCUGUUGAUGUUGGAGUUGGG